UGCUAGAUGAUGUCUUUGACCCAUCUGGUAGUGUGGAGAUUGUCUCCGUGGAUAAGCCCCGCUGAUCCUCCCGCGAAGCCAUGGCACCCUUCCCUUCUGCGCCAGGCCGGCCCUUGCCAUGUCCAGCUCAACCCAAAUCCCCGCGUCAACGCUCCAUACCUCGCCCACGAUCCGUCAUGAUACUCAGCUCUCGAGAACCACAUGGACCCAGUGGAUCACCUUUCAGCCGUUCUGGUCCUUCUUAUCCGCUCGACCGAAGAGCAGCACCUUCGACUGAUCCCAAGACUCCCGCUCACCGUUCUAUUGCCCUUCGAGUUGAAGCUGGUGCCAGCAUGCGUAGAGCUGUCCCUCAGCGUCAACGACAGGAAGCUACGCCGAGAAUCCUCAUGCCGUAUCACAGUGUGUUGAAAGAAACAUCAACCCCAGCGGUCAAAGCUCAGCGUCGACAUUCGUCUGCGUUACAGAUGACUCGAACGGUGAGACCCACGGAGCCGGCUGCAAAUCAUACAACGAGGCGUUUGAACAAGCUUAUCGUGCGUCAUGAUGCCUCUCGCAUCAUCGCACCAUCUACCGCAUCUUUAAGGAACCGAGCCCCUAUAUCCUCUCGACGUCCCAGUUUCACUUCUGGUCACCUGGACCCGAGCACGACUACCAGCGAGCCGGCAGCCAAGCGCACUUUGCGUCCAUCACCUUCUCCGGGAGCCGCCUUCUCAAGCAAAAUACACACUCCUUCAAGCCCUAGAACGACUUCAUGGCUGAAGGGAAGCCGCCCCUUCACUCACUCAAUCAUAUCGCGAGGUAGCCGACAAGACAUCAAGACUCUGCCCACCUCUUCUUCUUCUCCACGAUCUCACCUGAAUGAUGAGAUCGAGAUCGAUUUCACCUUGCCAAAUAUUCUGGAUACUUCAAUGAGUUUCAUAGACGGACAGGAAGAAGAUGGAUUAUGGGAUACACCAAUUAUCAAGAGAUCCGCGCUGAGACGUUCGUCGUGUGGGGACGAGCUGCCAAGAAGGUUGUUCCCGGAAAAUCAUUCGGAUGCCAAUCAUAGGCGUCAGCAUGGAGUCCACAGACCGCUCGAUCAAGCCGUGGCUAGUGCUGAAACGAAACACUUCAUAAAGGACACUCAGACCCCAAUCGAUAGACACGAGCCUAAUGCUGAGGCGGAGAAACAUUCAGAGGUCGAGAACGACUCAGUGGACGAGCAUGGGAGGCGAAGCCACGGAGAGGAUCGCUCACCGGAUAUCACCCAGAAGGAUGACUUCGAGCCCAAGGUUCAAACGAAGAGUAACUUGUGCGAGACUGGAGUCCAGGCGGAUGCAAUGCAUUUGCAGGACGAGGAGGUUGCCCGGCUCAGAGUAGAGGCGGCAUCAAGGGACCAAGAGCGGGAGUUGAUGAAGGCUCAAAUGGCGUCUCUCGCUGUGCUCUUGAAAGCUGCUCAAAAUGAGAAGGACGAGGCUCAAGGUGCAGCCAAAGAUGCAGCGGAUGCUCAGCGGAAGAGACAUAUCGAGGCUAUCGUUCGGGUAGGGGAGGAAGCUUUAGAGGAGGAGAAACUCUUCUUAGCUUUAGUCGAACACUUGAGGCGAACGUGCGUGCCGCAGGAGGAGCGGAUCCAAGACGAGACGUAG